AUGCGUUCACUCCAGGGUAUCGCCCGCUCUGCGUCUCGCACGCUCAGAGCCACACAAUGGCGAACCCACGAGCCAACAUCUUUCCUCUCCGGCGCAAGUCGGCCGUUAUCGGCGCAUUCACGAGCACUGCAUACCGCGCCCCCGCGCAAGUCCUCGGCCGCAACAGCGACAUCGAAGGACUCGACAAACCCGGCUAUGUCCUUCCCCUGCCUCGAUGCCCAGGACGCAAAGUCAGAAUUGCUUUCUGCGCGGUCCUUGCAGUCGGGACCCGAACCCUCGUAUACGACCGGUCAGCACGAACGGUUCCACUGUGAAGACCCGCUGCUGCUUGACUGGGGCGGUGUGUUGCCGGAGUUUGAUAUUGCGUAUGAGACGUGGGGUCAGUUGAAUGGGGAUAAGAGUAAUGCGAUUCUCUUGCAUACGGGGUUGUCGGCGUCUAGUCAUGCGCAUAGCACGGCGUCGAAUCCGAAGCCUGGUUGGUGGGAGAAGUUUAUUGGACCUGGUCUACCUCUGGAUACGGAUAAGUACUUUGUCAUUUGCACGAAUGUGCUUGGUGGUUGCUAUGGAAGUACGGGACCGUCCUCUGUGGACCCGUCGGAUGGGCAGCGGUAUGCAACUCGCUUUCCGAUCUUGACACUGGAUGACAUGGUGCGCGCUCAGUUCCGUCUUUUGGAUGGCCUGGGCAUUCAAAAGCUGGCAGCUUCUGUCGGGUCGAGUAUGGGCGGCAUGCAGAGUUUGGCUGCGGGUGUCUUGUUCCCCGAGCGCGUGGGCAAGAUCGUUAGUAUCAGUGGCUGUGCCCGCAGUCACCCAUACAGUAUUGCGAUGCGACACACGCAGCGCCAGGUGCUGAUGAUGGACCCGAAAUGGGCGCGUGGUUUCUACUACGAUGCCAUCCCGCCACACUCGGGGAUGAAGUUGGCCCGCGAAAUCGCGACGGUCACGUACCGCAGUGGACCUGAGUGGGAAAUGCGGUUUGGUCGUCGUCGUGCGGAUCCUAGCAAGCAGCCUGCGCUGUGCCCGGAUUUCCUUAUCGAGACAUACUUGGACCACGCCGGCGAGAAAUUCUGCUUGGAGUAUGAUCCUAACAGUUUGCUAUACGUUUCCAAGGCAAUGGAUCUCUUUGAUCUUGGCCAUGAGCACCAAUCUCAAACCCGUCAUCGUCGCGCAGAGUCCGAGUCUCGUAUUGCGCGCGGCGAUGUCUCGUCGGAGGUAUCCGACCCUGCCUGCAGCUUGACCCUGCCCGACAAGCCAUACGAGGAACAACCCGAAGCUAAUGCCUCAGUUCCCCCCGCCGACCAAUCAGUAACACCUACUGAACCUGAGGGCCCACCCCGCGACCUAAUCAUGGGCCUGUCCCCUCUGAAGAACCACCCCGUUCUAGUCAUGGGCGUUGCCAGCGACAUCCUCUUCCCCGCCUGGCAACAGCGUGAAAUUGCCGAGACCCUCCGUGCAGCCGGCAACAAGACCGUCGAGCACAUUGAACUCGGCGAGGAUCUCUCGCUGUUCGGUCACGACACUUUCUUGCUGGAUCUGAAGAACAUUGGCGGUGCGUUGGGCCGCUUCUUGAAGUAA